AUGAAUUCUAUAUUUUUAGCAAAUUUACCUAUAGAUGGUCACUUUUUGAGUUACAAAUAUUAUGAAGAGUCAAUUUUUUAUUAUGAAAUUUGUUCAGUUCAAGGUAUUUAUAAAAAUUAUAAAUCUGGAGAACAAUUCAAAAAAAUAAAAAAUUCAAUUUCAGAUAAAUUUAUUUUAUUAAGAAUAUUUAGUGACGGAAUGAGUCAUCAAGGUAGAUCAGAUUAUACUAUAAUGGUGGAUUUUGAAAAUUAUAAUGGUCCAUUUUUUAAAAAUAACAAAAUUGUUUUAUUUAUUGUUCCAAAAGAAUGGUUUCACAAUAUACAUCAAACAAUUAAAAAAUUAUUUUCAGCGCAAUUUAAUAAUAAAUUAAUAAUUAAAGAUAAUAAUGGAAAUGAUUAUGAAAUUAUACCAUAUGGAUUAACAAUGGAUAUACCAGAAUUUAGAUCAUCUUGUAGGAUUAACCAUUAUAAUUGCAAUGAGUUCUCAUGUCAUACAUGUGAUAAACUAAGAGGUGUCGAUUAUUUAUUAAAAGAAGGAAAUUAUAGAAAUCAAAAAGACAUUAUUGACUUUCACAAUUCAAAACUAAAUAAACAAGAUUUUUUAAAUCCUCAAAAUAAAAUUUUAAACACAGCGAAGAAAAAACCACUUUAA